AUGAAAGUUUUGAAUUUCCUAUUUAAACAUCUCUCUUUUUUUCUUUCUUUCUUUCUUUCUUUCUUUCUUUUUUUCUUUCUUUGUCGCUCUGUCUCUCUUUCUCCUUCUCUCUCUCUCUCUCUCUCUCUCUAUCUCUCUCUUAUUAUUUAUACCGUCAGUUUUUUGUUUCCCUGUCUGUUAACCAUCGUUCACUACUAUCUUAUUUUUCACUACUAUAUUCCUUUCCUUAAUUUUACUCCCUUCAAACUAAUUGUUUCUAUUCUUUCUUUCUCAAAAUACGUUCACUGUAAUCUUUCUUUCAUUCUUUCAUCUCCUUCAAACUGUUCCCUUUUCUUUCUUUCAUUCUUUCGUUCUUUCUUUCUUUCUUUCUUUCUUGCUUUCUUAAAAUGUGUUCACUGCAGUUUAAUUUAUUUCCUUCUUUCUUUCUUUCUUUCUUUCUUUCUUUCUUUCUUUCUUUCUCAAAAUUUGCUGAUUAAUUUCUUUCUUUCUUUCUUUCUUUCUUUCUUUCUUUCUUUCUUUCUUUCUUUCUUUCUCAAAAUGCGUUCACUAUUAUCUUCAUUUUAUUCUCUCACCUCGUUCAGAAUAUUUUAA